AUGGAUCCUCAUUAUGCUAUGAGUGGCUUAAGACCAUUUGACCGUCUCCGUGAUAAAGAGCAGCCACUUCUGCAGGGGGAAUGGGCCCAGACAUAUCUAAAUAAUAGAUUCAAGUUGAGAGGAGUAAUGGACUCGAGGUUGGAGGGAAAGUAUGUGACUGUGCAGGCUUCAGAAAUAGCCAUGCUUGCUCUCAGAUGUCUCGUUUCUCACCCCAAACACCGUCCAUCAAUGAAAGAAGUUGCUGAGACACUACAAAAGAUUCAAGCUCAUACUAACCAGAAACAUCUUGCCAUGUGCCAUAAAGCUGGACACUACAGCAGAUCCUGUGACAAGAUCAGUCAUGUUGGAGGAAAUUCAAAGCUGCCAAAUGCAAGUGAAGCAAAAUUGAAAGAAAAGAAUUCUUCAACUCAAUCAACCGUCCAACAAGACAAUGAGGCAAGUGGCAUCGUUACAAACACAUCUUGCAAGAAUGAGAAGUCCUCAUCAAUUCAAUCACCUCCCCAACAAGCCAACCAAAGGGAUGAGGCAAAUGGCAUUGCUACCAACAAAUCUUGGCACAAUCAUCCUAGAAAAACAACUGCCAUUGGAGGUGAUUCAAAGCUGCCUGAAGCAAGAAAUGCAACGAAAAAAGACAAGACUUCUUCAAAAUUCACUGUCCAACAUGUUCAAACAAGAAAUGAAGCAAUUGGCUUUCGUACAAGCACAUGUAAUAAUAGUCAGACAAAAAAACUUGCCGGCAAUUCAAAGCUACCAGAUGCUACUAAUGCAAAGAAAAAGGAGAAGAAUUCUGCCGCCAAAUCAAUUGUCCAACAAGGUGAAAAAAGAAAUGAGACCAAUGGGUUUGGUGCAAGCACAACUCGUAGCAAAGGUCCUAGAAAAAUAACUACAAGCAAUUCAGAGCUAGCAAAUGCAAGUGAAGUAGUAAAAAAGAAGAAGGCUUCUGCACCUCAUCCGUCAACUAUUCAACAGGAUACCAAAAGGAAUGUAGCAAGCAAUGGUGGUACCUGCACAAAAAGUAGUAGAAAAAUUGCUGGUUAUAAGUCAAACAAACCCUAA